AUGGGACCAGCCAGCUAUAAGAUUGAACGUAGUCCACAAAAGGACUUUGAAGUAUCACAUUGGUUUGAUGGCUUUGGAGAGACGCACCGAUUCCAGAUAAUCGUAAAUAAUGGCGGAAAACCUAAAGUUAUCUAUACUUCUCGCCAUCAGGAUGACGAACUGACGAACACCAUCCGCCAAUCCGGAACUUAUUCUUUCAUAACAUUCGCCCAGAAGAGAGACCCAUGCAUUGGCAUUUUUGGAAAGGUCAUGAGCUUCUUUGAACGGAUAUUGACUAAGCCUUUUGCCAAUAAUGUGAAUGUCGCUAUAUAUCCAAAUAUGCGUAUCAAAUCAAACCAAAGAGGUGUUUUGAGGGGUACCCCUAAACAUUCGAGUGGGGUCGACAGCUUGUGGUUGACGACCGAUUGCUCUAUUUUGAAAGAGUUGGACCCUCUAACUUUAGAACCAAUUGGUGUGGAAUAUCAGACUGCCCUUCAUCCAUUAUUAUCGGGACCACUGUCCUGUGCUCAUGCCAUGUCAGACCCGAUUACUGGCGAUGUGUACAAUUACAAUUUGAAUUUUGGUCGAUUUGCAACGUAUCGUGUGUUCCGAGUUUCGGCUUCGUCGGGCGAGACCGAAAGUUUAGCCGCAAUAGCUGGUGCUGGCGUCGAGCCUGCGUACUUGCAUUCGUUUUUCAUCACUGCCGAUUUUGUGAUUCUCUGCGUAUGGGGAGCUCGUCUUGACCACUGUGGAUUCAACAUCUUCCUCGGGUGGAAUGUCUUGGAUGCGAUUAAUCCAUUUGAUCCUUCCAAACCAGUAAGGUGGUUCGUGAUAGAUCGAAAAGCUGGUCGCGGUGUCGUAGCAGAGUUCCAAAGUCCAGCAGCAUUUUGUUUCCAUACCGUUAACGCAUGGCAAACCGUGAACGCCGAAGGACAAAUAGAUAUAGUCUGCGAGUACCUUGAAUACCAAAAUCUGGAUAUUCUGUACGAAUUCUAUUAUUAUGAAAUCGUAUCAACAUCAAAGCAAGCCGUUAGCCGAAAAGGAAUUGAUUCUCAUGCGGCGUUGACGAAAUAUUGUCUGUCAAACAUUAGAGGAAAGAUUUUAGACCGCAAGGUAGGCGACGAGAUACCACAUGCAAAGCUUGUGUUGCAGAUACCAAGGGCUGGGGAAUUACCAACCAUAAAUCCUAAUUUCAGCAUGAGAGAAAGCAAAUUUUUGUACACAGUCGUCAAUCGAGGAUACUCAACAUUCAUGGAUGGUAUCUUAAAGGUAGACACGAUGAACAGCACAACCAUCAUACUGGGAGAAUCCGGUUGGUCGUACUCCUGGGGAGGCAAUCUUCAUCCCUGA